GCCGCGGGGGUGGGCGGGCGCGGCGGGGGCCAUGUGCAAGCGCGGGCGGGGGGCGGGCUGCGGGCAGGGUCGCGCCUGGUGCGGCGGCCGGGUCAGGACUGGCUUCAGGUCCUGGCCUCCGGUUAGCCUCGGGCCUUGGAACGAGUUCCCGGGCAGCGUUCAGAUCGAUCCUUGAGCAUUGCGGGAGUCCUCGGGGUGGGCUGGAAUUGAAAGGGGCCCUGGAGGCCACGUGGGGGCGCUUGCAGGGGCUUUGGGCCACCCUCCUCUCUGGGUCAUAGGUCACCGUAGCGCGAGGGAGAACUUCUUCCUUGUCGCCUCUUCUUACUUCCUGAUAACCUGAUAGAAGUCCCCCGCGGGCAAUGGGGGGAGGGGAGAUUAAUAACUUCAGGCAACUUCCCAUAGGUGUGCGCAGGUUGAUGGGGGGGCGGCCCUGGAGGUCGCGAGAGGUGGUGAACUCUGCGGCAGCUGGAGUGUGACCAGCACCAUGUCCAGCCAGGUGGUGGGCAUCGAGCCUCUCUACAUCAAGGCAGAGCCAGCCAGCCCUGACAGUCCAAAGGGUUCCUCAGAGACUGAGACUGAACCCCCGGUGACCCUGGCCUCUGGUCCAGCUCCAGCCCGCUGCCUUCCAGGGCACAAGGAGGAGGAGGAUGGGGAGGGGGCAGGGUCUGGUGAGCAGGGCAGUGGGAAGCUGGUGCUCAGCUCUCUACCCAAACGCCUCUGCCUGGUCUGUGGGGAUGUGGCCUCUGGCUACCACUACGGUGUGGCAUCCUGUGAGGCCUGCAAAGCCUUCUUCAAGAGGACCAUCCAGGGGAGCAUCGAGUACAGCUGUCCGGCCUCCAAUGAGUGUGAGAUCACCAAGCGGAGACGCAAGGCCUGUCAGGCCUGCCGCUUCACCAAGUGCCUGCGGGUGGGCAUGCUCAAGGAGGGUGUGCGUCUGGACCGUGUCCGCGGCGGGAGACAGAAGUACAAGCGACGGCCAGAGGUGGACCCCUUGCCUUUCCCAGGCCCCUUCCCUGCUGGCCCUCUGGCAGUAGCUGGAGGACCCCGGAAGACAGCCCCAGUGAAUGCUCUGGUGUCCCAUCUGCUGGUGGUUGAACCUGAGAAGCUGUAUGCCAUGCCUGACCCUGCAAGCCCCGAUGGACACCUCCCUGCUGUGGCCACCCUCUGUGAUCUUUUUGAUCGAGAGAUAGUGGUCACCAUCAGUUGGGCCAAGAGCAUCCCAGGCUUCUCCUCACUGUCACUGUCUGACCAGAUGUCAGUACUGCAGAGUGUGUGGAUGGAGGUGCUCGUGCUGGGUGUGGCCCAGCGCUCACUGCCACUGCAGGAUGAGCUGGCCUUUGCUGAGGACCUGGUCCUGGAUGAAGAGGGGGCACGGGCAGCUGGUCUGGGGGAUCUAGGGGCAGCCCUGCUGCAGCUGGUUCGGCGACUGCAAGCCCUACGGCUGGAGCGGGAGGAGUAUGUCCUGCUGAAAGCUCUGGCCCUUGCCAAUUCUGACUCUGUGCAUAUUGAAGAUGCUGAGGCUGUGGAGCAGCUGCGUGAAGCCCUGCAUGAGGCCCUGCUGGAGUAUGAAGCUGGCAGGGCUGGCCCUGGAGGGGGCGCUGAGCGGAGGCGUGCAGGCAGGCUGCUGCUUACGCUCCCACUCCUCCGCCAGACAGCAGGCAAAGUCCUGGCCCAUUUCUAUGGGGUGAAGCUGGAGGGCAAGGUGCCUAUGCACAAGCUGUUUUUGGAAAUGCUUGAGGCCAUGAUGGACUGAGGCAAGGGGUGGGACAGGGUGGGGUGGCUGGCAGGAUCUGCCCAGCAUAGGGUGUUAGCCCCAAAGGGGCAAAGCUGGAGUCUGGGCAGUGCCACAGCCUGCUGGCAGGGCCAGGGCAAUGCCAUCCGCCCCUGGGAGAAGGCUUCAUGCCCUCCCCUCCCCCCUUUGGGGGGGAAUGUUAGAAGCCAGAAAAGUGAAUGCCCAGGUGUGGGCACAGUGCUGCCCCUUGCAAGCCAUAAACGUGCCCCCCAAGAGUGUCGGGGGCCUUGCGGAAGCCAUAGGGGGCUGCAGGGGAUGUGUAGGAGGCAGAAACUGAUCUCAGGGAGGGAAGGGGAUGGAGGCCACAGUCUCCCAGUGGUGAUGCUUUUGCUGCUGCUUAAUCUGAUCUCCUCUCCAGAGCAGAGAGGGGCUUGGAAAGCAAAGGCCCUGCCCCUUCGCUCCUCUCCUCAUUCGCAUUGGGCAUUAGUGCCCCCCCUUGAAGCAAUAACUCCAAGCAGGCUCCAGCCCCUGGACCCCUGGGGUGGCCAGGGCCCCCUAUCAGCUCCCACCUCAAGGGGUGGGGGACAGCACUGCCUCUAUGCCCUGCAGAGCAAUAACACUAUAUUUAUUUUUGGGUUUGGCCAGGGAGGCGCAGGGCCAUGGGGCAAGCCAGGGCCCAGAGCCCUUGGCUGUACAGAGACUCUAUUUUAAUGUAUAUUUGCUGCAAAGAGAAACCGCUUUUGGUUUUGAACCUUUAAUGAGAAAAAAAAAAUAUACUAUGGAGCUCAAGUA